AUUACUGUACUUAUUUUCUUCUAAAUACGGUAUGCUUUGUAUCUUUUUUCAUUUUCACGUGUGUAUAUAUAGAGUAACCAACAAUGGAGAUAGAAUGUCUAAGAUGCCGUGGUGGAAAAGAUGCAAUGAAAAUCACCCACUCAAAUCAAUUGUGCUAACCGUGGACCCAAUGACUAUUCACUGUUUUUGUUUGCAUGGUUGUUAUAAGAUGUUCCGUAACGUAAUCAUAUUGUAUUGCAUUAUUCACUCUUUUUGUUUGCAUGGUUGUUAUAACAUCUUCCGUAACGUAAUCAUAUUGUAUUGCAUUAUUUGAUGUGCCUUAAUGACAGCUGUAGUUACUGGUUUGAGUUAGCAUCAAUGCACUGUAAUACCCUAGAUAUUUUGCUAUUCAUCUUCUGCUCCAAUAUAACAGUGUUAUUCAAUACAACUUCUUUCUCUUCUUUCUCUUCCUCACUCGUGUAUGAACAGUUUCACAACUAUGGUGAAACACCAUUGUGAUUCUUAAUUCAGUUGAGUUUUCACCAACAUUUAUUAGAUUUUCUUUAACAUUGCUAUGUUGCUCUCUUUUGUGAAAUCUUGUGGCACUUGCGUAAAGUAUUUUGUAAAUUUGAGAGCGAUGCUUCGAACUUACAUUUGUGAUUCACUCAAUACUCGAUUGUUGUGGAUAGAAAAUGAUCCUGCAGGACAGAACUUCUAUUUCAAAAAGAUUGUUUGGACAAAUUCUAUUGGUCUAUUAAAAGUUAACGAUUUAUGCUUGGAACAGUUAAGCUACCGGCCAAGUGUCAUUGUCUAUACGCUUGUCCUCCGUGCAUACGGCCAAGUUGGGAAAAUCAAGCUAGCUGAGCAGACCUUUUUGGAAAUGCUUGAAACGGGGUGUGAACCUGAUGAAGUUGCUUGUGGUACCAUGUUGUGUGCUUAUGCUCGGUGGGGACGUCACAAAGCUAUGAUUUCCUUCUUUUUUGCUCUUGAGGAAAGGGGAAUUACACCUUCAACUGCAGUCUUUAAUUUCAUGCUGUCAUCUUUACAGAAAAAAUCACUUCAUGAAAAUGUUAUAAGUAUAUGGAAACAGAUGACUGAAAAAGGGGUUGAGCCCAAUCAUUUUACUUUUACAGUUGUUAUCUGCUCACUUGUCAAAGAAGGUCACGCUGAAGUAGCUUUUAAGACUUUUAAUCAGAUGAAAAGUUCGAAGUUCGUCCCCGAGGAGGCAACUUAUAGCCUUCUCAUCAGUCUGAUUUCAAAGAGUGGUAACUAUGAUGAUGCUUUCAGGCUUUAUGAAGAUAUGAGAUCACAAGGGAUAAUCCCGAGCAACUUUACAUGUGCUUCACUUUUGACAAUGUAUUACAGAAAGGAGGAUUAUCCCAAAGCACUUGCUCUGUUUGAGGAGAUGGAAAGGUAUGGCAUCAAAACAGAUGAAGUCAUAUAUGGCCUGCUUAUCAGAAUAUAUGGCAAGCUUGGUCUCUACGAAGAUGCUCAAAAGACUUAUGAAGACGUUAAGAAGUUGGGUGUGAUUAGUAACGAGAAAACAUAUACAACAAUGGCUCAAGUCCAUCUUAAUGCUGGAAAAAUUGAGGAAGCACUGAGUAUAAUGGACGAAAUGAAGUCAAAAAACAUAUCAUUUUCAAAUUUCUGUUAUGGUAUCUUAUUGAGGUGCCAUAUUGCGAAGGGAGACGUGGCAUCUGCCGAAGCUGUGUUUCAGGCUCUCUCUAAGAUGCAAAUUCCUGAGUGUGGUUUCUGCAAAGACAUGCUCAAUUUGUACAUGAGACUCGGUUUAACUGAGAAAGCAAAAGAUUUUAUUUUCCAGAUAAGGAAAAUUCAAGUCGAAUUUGAUGAGGAGCUUCUCAAGAUAGUCAUGAAAGUUUUUUGCAUUGAAGGAAUGGUCCGAGAUGCAGUGCAGUUGAUACGAGAGUUCAGUGCAAGCAAGACGUUUGAAGAUUCUGUAUUUACACAGACUUUUUCUGUGGCCAUUCGUGGAGAUGAUAGAUUUACUACAACCAAAAUUGCUUCCAAGCCCUUGGACCAACCAGGUGCUAUGGCUUUUGAGCUGGCCCUUAUCCUCUUUAUAGCAGAUGGAAAUACAAUGAAGGCAGAAGAAACACUAAAAUUGUUGCUUAAGACUGCAAAUGGCCUGUCUGUUGCUAGUCAGCUUGUCAGAAAAUUCGCCAAAGAAGGUGACAUUUCAAAGGCGGAAAACCUUUAUAAGCUGUUAAUGAAGGAGGGUAAAAAACCAGAGGAUUCUGCGAGUGCAUCCUUGAUCAAUUUUUAUGGGAAGCAGAAGAAAUUGAAGGAAGCUCUAAAUAUCUUUGCAUCUGUUACGGACUCUUCCAGGACUGGAAGUCUUUUAUACAAUUCUAUAGUUGAUUCAUAUAAUAUAUGUGGCAAACAAGAGGAAGCUUACAUGUUCUACAAGGAAGAGAUGGAGAAAGGGCAUGUUUUUGGUCCGGUUGCAAUUAGCAUGCUAGUGAAUGGUUUAAGUAAUUGCGGGAGAUAUACUGAAGCAGAGGAUAUUAUUCACAAUUCUUUGCGUGCUAAUUUAGAGCUUGAUACUGUGGCUUAUAAUACAUUUAUCAAGGCAAUGCUGGACGCAGGUAAAUUGCGGUUUGCAGCCAGAGUUUAUGAGCACAUGCUCUCCUCAGGUGUUGCUCCUACAAUUCACACAUACAACACCAUGAUUAGUGUAUAUGGGCGAGGAAGAGACCUGGAUAAAGCUGUGAAGGCAUUUGAUAUGGCUCAGAAGAUGGGCAUUUCUUUGGAUGAAAAGGCUUAUACGAACUUGAUAUGUUAUUACGGAAAGGCUGGGAAAUAUGAUGAAGCAUCUAAUCUAUUCGCCAAGAUGCAGGAAGCAGGGAUAAGACCUGGGCAGGUGAGCUACAACAUUAUGAUCAAUAUAUAUGCUGCUACUGGACUUUACCAAGAAGCUGAAGUCCUCAUGCAUAGGAUGCGGAAUAAUGGUUGUUCACCUGACUCCUUAACCUAUCUUGCACUGAUUAGAGCAUAUACAAGUGGAGCAGAGUACUCAGGGGCUGAAAAUGCCAUUGAUUCUAUGCAGAAAGAAGGAAUUCCCCCUUCUUGUGCUCAUUUUAACGUGUUGCUAUCAGGUUUUGCAAAAGAAGGAUUAAUUGGAAAAGUAGAAACGAUGUAUAAAAAUCUCGUGAAUGCUGGACUACAACCUGACCUAGAGUCAUAUCGUAUUAUGCUUAGAGGUUACAUGGACUAUGGUUAUGUGGAGGAAGGCUUCUUGUUCUUUGAACGAAUCUCCAAGUCCUUAAAACCUGACAGGUUUAUAAUGAGUGCAGCUGUGCAUUUGUACAGGUCAGCAAGCUUAAAACUCAAAGCAGAAGGGGUUUUGAGGUCUAUGAACAGUUCCGGGAUUCCCUUCUUGGAAAAUCUUGAAGUUGGAUCAAGGUCGAAAGCUGACUGAUUCAUCAGCAUAGACUUUGGAAAACUGGACCCUUUAAUGAAUUUCUUGUGGGAUGAGAAGAAUGCCAAAUUACAAGUACAUCACAUCGUAUCAAGUAGGCAAUUGUGCUUUGGAGUAGCGUGAAUGCAAUCAUACCAGCAGGGCUGGAGCUAAGCUAAUAUUAUGUGAAGGACUCAAUCAGUUGAUAUAACAUGCAACCUUGAGUUUGGCAAUGUCUGCCACACUGCACAGAGCAUUAUCUGAGUACCGACGUGCUGAUGAUCUUCUUGGCUUCCCAAGUCGGUAUAUAGUGGACUCUGUUAGACCAAUUCUGAAGGCCUGAGAAGUAUGAGCGAGUGUAAAUAGCAUUUGUGUAUUAUUUAGUUUGUCUCUUUUACUGCUUAACCAUAAAUGAUUAAGAGCAUGGUUGGAUGGGCUUAAAAAAAAGCAGCUUAUAAGCUGCUUUAGAUAAGCUAAGCUAAACGGGUCCAACUAUUUUUUUGGGUUUAUUUUAAGCACAAAAUCAAAGCCGGAGGUGGGUAUUCAAAUAAAGGGGAGCACCUUGCUAUCAUGAAAACGCCAACUAUUACCAUAGUAGCUGCAUGAAUCAAAGCGCUUAUAAGCUAGCCAACCCAACACUCAAAAAAGCUUAAAACAGCUUAUAAGCUGUUUUUAACAGCUUAUAAGCUAAUCCAUUCUAUGUUAUUAUUGUAGUAUAAUUUUCUGUGCUCUGAUUUAUGCUAUUAUUUGUUAUUUCCUGUGCUUUAAUUAUUCUAUGUUAUCUGUGCCGCUUGCGUUACUUCAUUU